GUCCCUGUCCCUUUAAAGCUCCAGACAAACGCCCAUAUGAUCCCCGAGCUCCAAUCACCAGUUCCUUUAGCAAAGGCAGGCGCUGCAUUUUUGCCUUUUUCUAAACGCUAACAUGGCGAAAAGGGACUGAUGUGAAGAAUUAAAAGAAGAGACAGAAGAAAUGUGAAAAAUAACAUUAAGCAUUUUCAUGGAGAGGAAAAGUCCGAUGCAACGGGAGGAGAACUGGGACUCCUUCGCACCAGAAAAUCUUGGAUCAAAAUGCUGAUAGUGGAGAAGACGGCUGACUACCCUUCCACAGAGUUCUCGCUGGUGGAGGAUGUUUCUCUCCACUUCACGUGUUUGAUGGACAGACUGAACGAGCAGCGUCUGUUUCAGCCUGCGCUUUGCGACGUGGACAUCGUGUUAGUGCGCCAGAAGAACACCUUCCAGGCCCACAAGGGGGUGCUAGCGGCCUACAGCCAGUUCUUCCACUCGCUCUUCACCCAGAACAAGCAGCUCCAGCGCGUGGAGCUGUCGCUGGAGUCCCUCACCUCACAGGGCCUGCAGCAGAUCCUCAACUUCAUCUACACCUCCAAGCUGCUGGUCAACGCCCGCAACGUGCAGGACGUGCUCAACGCCGCCGCCGUGCUCCAGAUGAGCGACAUCGCCGCCUCCUGCCAGGAGCUCAUCAGGAACCGGUCUCUGGGCAUCGCCGUGGACGCCGCCUCCGCGCAGGACGGGCGGGGUGGCGCUGUCUCCGCCCAGUUUUACCGGGAGGUGAAGCAGGAGGCGGACCCAGCCCACGCUAAGAUCUACGCUCGCGAGGGCAGCAGCCCGUACUCUGUGCGGGUGGAGGACGGGACGGGGAAGUCCCAUCCCAGCGUUCAGAUAAAGCAGUACUUUAAGGAGGAGGGGGGGCAGGGCGGGGCCGGGAGCCUGUGCAAGAUGGAUGGCAAAGCUGGGGAGUCCGAGAACUCGGACGGCCGAGCCUCCUUCAACCAGGAGCAGAUAAUCGUGGAGGUGAACCUCAACAACCAGACGCUCAACGUGUCGAAGGGCAGUGAGGGAAAGCCCUCCUCCACCGAGGCCACAGGCUUACUGGGCAGCAGGUGCGGCGAGGGCCAGGACGCAGGGGACGAGGAGGAAGGCAGAGGUGAGGAGGAGGAGGAAGAUGAAGAGGAGGAGGAAAACGAGGAGGAUGAUGAAGAUGCAGACAUCAGGGAGGAGGAGGACCUAAGCGAGGAGGAAGAGUUGGGCGACAGCAGCGAGGAGGACGAAGAGGAGGUGCCACACGAGGAGAUCCACAACAUUCCCGAGCUGAAGAAGCUGGAGCGGACUCGGCGGCAGACUAGGGCCUCCGGGGGCACCAUGGCGACGGUCUCCGUGCACCAGGCCCUGAGCAUGGUCAGGAGGGUCAACAAGGGCCGGGGACGCCACAAGAGGAAGAGGCAGGACAGCGUGGGGCAGAAGGUGAAGCUGGAGGAAAAACAGACCUUCCCCUGCAUGAAGUGCCCACGCAUCUUCAACAACCGCUGGUACCUGGAGAAGCACAUGAACGUCACGCACAACCGCAUGCAGAUCUGCGACAAGUGCGGCAAGCGCUUCCUGCUGGAGAGCGAGCUGCUUCUGCAUCACCAGACCAACUGCGAGAAGAGCAUUCAGUGUGUAACCUGUGGCAAGGCCUUCAAAAAGCUGUGGUCGCUCCACGAACACAACAAGAUUGUCCACGGCUAUGCAGAGAAGAAGUUCUCAUGUGAGAUCUGUGAGAAGAAGUUCUACACCAUGGCCCAUGUCCGAAAGCACAUGGUUGCUCACACCAAGGACAUGCCUUUCACAUGUGAGACAUGCGGCAAGUCCUUCAAGCGCAGCAUGUCCCUCAAGGUGCAUUCCCUGCAGCACUCUGGGGAGAAGCCGUUCAAGUGCGAGAACUGCAGUGAACGCUUCCAGUAUAAAUACCAGCUGCGCUCCCACAUGAGUAUCCAUAUUGGACACAAGCAGUUUAUGUGCCAGUGGUGCGGCAAGGACUUCAACAUGAAGCAGUACUUUGACGAGCACAUGAAGACUCACACUGGAGAGAAGCCAUACAUCUGUGAGAUCUGUGGGAAGAGCUUCACCAGCAGGCCUAACAUGAAGCGUCACCGCCGCACGCACACGGGCGAGAAGCCCUACCCCUGCGACGUGUGCGGCCAGCGCUUCCGCUUCUCCAACAUGCUCAAGGCCCACAAGGAGAAGUGCUUCCGGGUCAGCAACCCCGCCACCUCCGAGGCCAACCCACUCAGCCUUGACCCCGUCUCCCCGGUUACAAACAUCGACACAGCCCUCAGUCAGGCGGAGCCGCUUAUGCCGUCGACGCCAGCCGGCGACGUAGCCUCGCCCCACGCCCACCUCUCCCUCCCUCUGCUCCACUCGAUGGGGGGUCUCUCCUCAGCAUCCCCCCUGCCCUCCCUGCCCCCCCUUCCUCCCCUUUUCCCCACUGGAAGGAUUAACUCCAAUAAUAAUUAAUCAUUGGUGUUUUUCUUCUCUAUAUUUUCCUCACUGACAGAAUCCCAGGGGAAGGAGACCAUGACCUCACUCAGCCAAACUCAGAAUAGCAGACAAAUUCAACCCUCCAGGGUUCCUUCAGCUUAUGUUUCCUAGCCAUUCGUAGGAGUGUCCCUGUUCUCUGACAUGCUAUUUGGUUUCAGAGGUUGCGAGCAAAAUAUAGAGAUCGUAUUUACAUAGCAGAAUUUUAUAAAUGUGUAUUAAAAAGUUUUAACCUGUAUCAAAAGCCCUUAACCUUUUUUCCACGUGGAACCUUGGCCAUUUCUUUUUUUGUAGGUUCUUUUCUUAAAGUUUUUGUGAGCGUUGGCUGCUGGGUAAUGCCACACUCGAGUGCUGCUUUGCUGCAUUUGGGAUUUGCACAGGCUUUCCCAUGAAUCUCUGCUCCGUGCUAUGUAAGGAAGACUCAGUACAGAACUUUCACUUGCAAAACCUUCAACAUUUUGAGCUGAACAGAAUUUUUUUAUGUUUUUGUUUAGUUUCAUUCUUUUGUUAUUUUCCCGAGGAGCUGCUGGGGAUGAUGUUUCUGGGGAGUCCAGGUCCACAAGCUCCCUGGGGAAAAACACUCCUCAUCCAUCCAAUCGAUGCUCUUUUAUCCUUCUGGGUGUUUCUUCAGAGGUUCCCUGGGGUAUAUGAGUGGUUCCUUGGAGGGAGGCCCCCAGAUAAAACACUGUUACACACAGCCCUGAAAAAGGUCAAGGCCAGUGGUGGUUCAACGUAAACCAAUGGUACAGAUACUUUGAACUCGGUUGGAGUUGUCUAAUGGUCCCCCUCAAGACAAGAUGAUGGUGGAUAUUUGUAACGACUUUGCCACAUCUAUGACAAAGAAGAUAUAAGCAUAUUUUUAUUUUCCUUGUAGCCGAUGUAGCAGUCCCACUGAUUUUACGUGUCUCACCAGUGAUAUCAAAAUGCUUGUUCGUCUAAGUGUGUUCAUAUUGCGUCGCAAUAAUCAAAUCCUGCGAGCGUAGUUUAUAGGGUGAUGCUAUGCUGCAUUUAUUAACCAUUCUGCUGCCAUUUUUACUCCCAAGCGGUGUUUAUGAUGCACUCUAAUUAUGUCCUCGGUUUCAUUGUGAUGUUAGGCAUGUAAUGCCAUUUUUAAGGUUUUUAAAAAAAGCAUGGAUGUGUGAAACUGUGCAGGGCACAGUGGAAAUGUUGCAGUUCUGUUGUAAGAUUGUGAGAGGGUUUCUGUGGAACACAGUCUCUUGACCAGUUGGUCAUUAAAUAUUGAGGUCAAUUUAAUCAAACUCUUUGAUCCCCAAGGGCAGUUUAAAAGUCUGUAAAAGAUACUGCUGCUCAAACUACACAAAUCUUUGCUUACAUUAAGCAAUUUUUAAAAAGUUUAUAUGACAUUUACUUAGCACUUGGAUUAGUAGCGCCCCUACCCUUAUGUGUGCUUAUUAUAAGCCUCAAUGCUUCGUAUCAUGGUCAAAAGACCAUAUGACAACACUGGCAACACUCACAAGUGAAGCUCAGCCCACAACAGAAUAAUCAAUUCCAGUCCAUCUCGGAUCUGAUAUUUCUCACACAGACAAACAGCCCUGUUUCGUAUUAAAAUUGACAUGAAUAGUUGAAAUUCACUGUGCGGUUUUAGUCAUUGGCUUAUAAAUUCAGUUUCUUACCAGUUCAGCUUAUUGGAGAUCAUGUUUGUCGAUCUCAUAGCUGGUGUAGGAAAAUGCAAGUUUAGCUGACAGUAAUGUAGUGUUAAGUAAUAAAAGCAUAUAGGAAAAUAUGAUCAUUCUACAGAAUGGCAGGUAUUUUCUGAUGUCCUUCUCAGUGUAGUAUUGACAGUGAAGUUUGACAGUGCAGAGGACCAAUCUGUAGGCCCCUGGUCCACUGUUUCACAUUUAGGUUUUAUUGAUGUGAGGAUCUAGUUAAUUUCCCUGCCAGGUUUCCAGUGGCGACAUGCCCUGUUUUAUGGCAUGCAUUUUAAUGCAGUGCAGUCUAAACACCUGGUGCUUAAAAAGUUUGAAAUGAGCUGAACAAUCAAUUUCAGCUAUAUGUGCACUACAAAAAAUAGUUACAAUGUUAUUCAGAUAUAUAAUGCAAGAAUCAUACUUCUUGCAUUUUUACUGCAUUUUCCAGAGUAUUUUCUAUGUGGUGAAAAAAACAUAUACUGUUGAAAUAUGUUCUCGAUUCAUUUAUUUUUCCUUUCUGGAAGGCUAUAAGAAUGAGAUUGGAGUGCCCGCAGGGACAGAGAUCAUUUCUUUGCAGGAAGCACUAUCGUACUGUUGUGUAGAUUACGGAGAUAUUUCAAACUUCCCACUCCUCCUCAUUUCUUCUGUAUUGUGUCCCACACAACCAUCUGCAUCACUGUGUGGUUCAUCCAGCCAGCCAGUGUUCCCAGUGGAGCUGUGUUUGGCGCCGAGCGUUACUGAAUUCAAAUGGGGAUCCGCGCAAGUCCUGCAGGAACAGGGAACAGGACUGAUUUUAACAGGUGGCCUGAGAUAAAACUGAACAUGUAGAUUCCAUUUUAAUAAGUUUGAAUCAAUUUUCGUAUUUAAGUCUGCAGCUUCAAUAUGUGACCAGAAAAUAGCUACUACGUAUAACAGAUAGGACGUGCAUCUUCAUGGUAAAUCUGUAAAGCUGUUGAGUGUAUCACAAGUGUAUGUGGUCACAGGGUUACCUUUAAUAAAAAUUUUGAUUUGGCCCUGUACUAAUGUUGGUUGAAUCGUGGCCACAUACACUGGGAUCAGUCUUUAUGAGUCCAUCCUUCAUUUUAAACAGCAGUACACGAGAAUUGUCCCCUUCAGACUUCAUUGGAAAUCAUUGCAUCACUUUACAUACGCUUUAGCCCUAGAGAGUGUUUAUGGUAAAAUCAUUGUCAUUAGUCUGGCAAGUUGGUAGACUUCCUUGUUAUCUGUUUAACCUUGGGGAGUAACACCCAAACAUAUAAGUGCAAUUUCAUCCUUUUGUUUGUUAGACAAAUGCACUUUUUUACAACUAUAUUACUUGGAUUGAAAUACAAGAUUUGAAAUGAUAAAUAAAUGCAAAGCCAGAUUUGUAGAGGGAUGGUGGAUCUUUCUGCCUGUUGUUUUGGUGCAUAGUAUGUGAGCUUGCAUUAUACUUGCAUAGUGCAGAAAAAAGGCCUGUUCCUUUUGUGCGGUAUUUAUGAUCUUAUUCAUAUAAAAAAUACACAUUUAUGUGUACAUGCAGUAUAGACAGGAAAGAUUCCUUUUUGUAGAAUGGACAUUUUUCCCUUUGUUUACAUCUGAUUGAGAGAAACAUGAAUGUUAUUUUGAGUGUUGGCAGGUACUAAUGAAAGUAUUUGAAGUCACGAUAAGCUUUUGUAUCUGUAGUAUGCUGUUGUAUUCUUCUUUAUUUUUUUUUAUUGGCGAAGCACCUUAUGAAGUAGUAAUACAUGUUUAAUAACGUUACAUUGUGUUGAGAAGUGUGAUAACGGUGGGAAGGGUGUGAUGACUGUGGCUUGGAGUUAAACCAAAAGUAUGAAAAGUUUGAAUUUGGUAAAAAAAAAAUGUUUCAAUUUGUUUUUUUGCCUUUGACUUUAUAACUGUUGCAGAAUCCUGAUUGGCUGCUUGUGCAUGGUCCAGGUUAGAUAUUGUCUGGAACUUACCACUGUGGCAACACUGAUUGGACCUUUCUUCUGGACCUGUUGAAUCCCCAGCCCCUAUUGGUUGUGGCUUAGUGUCACUCAGUGUCAGCAGGUGUGGCAAUCAGUGGAUGGGCUCUGUGUCCUAAUCCAGUCCUGUGGGAGUGGUUGCACUUUAACUCAUAGAGCAUAGUCUCCCUCUUGUGGUUGCAAAAUGUGAACUACAUUCACUGAGUAACAUGCUUGCUUAUGCAUUCAUAAAGGGACAUUUGAAGUCUUUUUAUAUAUACCCACAUCCUUUUAAAUACAUUCCUGUAUGGAUAUGACAGGAAUUACACCUCUAAAUAUUGCAUUUACUUCCCCUGAAUAAUAUUUUUCAUUUCUAUGAGAUUUUAUCCCUACUGUUGACUGUAAUCAUAAAUUUUUGCCAGUAAUAAAAUUAAUAAUAAUAAUAAGAAGAAGAAGAAGAAGAAGAAGUAGUAGGUUCCAAUUUUUUAUUCCUCUUGAGUUAGUCAUACAGAUUAACUACAGAAAUAAGAUAUGAUCAGACUGGGUUAAUUCAGUUUUUAAGCAAAAAUUUCAAUAUAUCUAGGUAAAUGCGGACAGAUAUUGCCAAGUGUUUGUAUUAUUUGAGUCUUGGAUGUCAGGCAUUCUUUUUCAUUGUCUGUGUAUGUUUAAACAUACAGUAUACACAGACACAUACAUUUAGACUUUUUAUCCUGCAACAACUAAACAAUUACAUUUUUUAUCUGUUAUUAUCUUUGCAGAAUGGAUGUAUUUGUGUAUAGAUUUAGGCUGCCCUGAGCUUCAAGGAGACCACUAGGAGAGUUUGUUGUAUACUGAAGAAGGAUAAUAAUUUUUUGCACCCGUUUUCAACAGUGUUCUAACCUAGACAUAGCUCUUAUGAAUGGGAGAAAAUGGUAAACUUUAGAAGCUAACACGGUAUGAAUGGAAAGUAAAUCAUAAAGUCUUUUUUUAAUCGGAAUGCUUUUCUGAUGUAGACUUUUGUGUUUGGAUUAAUGUCAUUGCUGUUGAGAGAGUCUUUUUUUUUUUUUUUUUUUACUUUUGAUUUCUUGAAUAAGGUGCUGAAUGGGGGGGGUACAUUGUGUGGGUAAUGUGGACAGUGCUGAGAUACUGUCCACAUCAGAGCUACUCAUCUCACAAUGUGUGGCAUGACGUCUGGCCUAUAUCCAGAGCUAAUAGGCUUCAGUAAGCAGGCCUGCCUUCUCAGCCUAGAUCAGACUUUAACAUGCCUUUAGAGUUUGUCACUGUGUCACUCUGUAGACUGGGGUAUGGGAGAUGUGGAGUGAAGUGAAGUAUUAAGCUAUUUUAGGGAGCGUGGCCUGAAGUGAAUUUGUUUUUGGUCCCACUACAAUUUACAAAUUUGAACUCCGCAAUCAGUCUCAAAAAGGAGUUCAGCUUAAAUGCGACAGGAAAACUCAGUUAUGUUGCUGAUUGGUGCUGUUGUCAUGUUCCUGUUUAGAUCUGUUUUCGUGUGACCACAAGAAUAAAGCCCUAACCAGAUAUCCCUGGUACAGAUAACUUAAUUGGUUUAUUUAAAUAAGCAACAGUGCUUCAUUUUGCCAACAGGUUGAGUUUAAAACGCGUAAAUAAUACUGAACACAACACAGUGGUACAUCAGUAGUCUGUUCUAAACAGUGCCAUACUGCAUUUUAUCACACUUUAUGGCCAAAUUCCCUACAUGUAAUAAUUUAUUACUGAGAAAAAUAAGAUGGUGACAUUAUUUCCAUCGGAGUAUACUUAGAUACUGAUAUAUCAACAUGCUCUUGUAUUCCGAUGUGGAAACAAUCAUUUCUUACUUUAUUGCAUUUCAAAAAGAAAAAAAAAAGAUUUGAAUAAUUGCAGUCAUUCAUGUGAAGCUCUGACAAGCAGCAACAGCUGCAGCAAAAGUGCUCCUCUUUGAAGAUGGCAGAUGUUAAUUGAGCUUUAAUUUGUGAUCUGUAGGGAAUAUCUUUAACCUUUAAACUAUCUUUGCCCUUAUUAGGCCUCAGACAGACAGAGGGUAUUUUUUAAAUGAGGUUACGUGUAAAACAUUGUUCAUCUUGCAACUAAGUAAAGGAUUUAAGUAUAGUGCCGUCACUGUCAUAUAAAAGUAUUUUCCCCCUCCCUGGUUUCCUAUAUUGUUGCACAAUUGUCACACUGAAUGGUUUCAGAUCUUCAGACAAAAUGUAAUAUUAGACAAAGUGAAGCUGAGUAAACACAAAACACAGUUUGUCUAUAGUAUCUGAAACCAUUCAGUGUGACAAAUAUGCAAUAAUAGAGUAAAUCAGAAAGGGGCAAAUACUUUUUCAUGGCACUGUAAAUAAACAAAUUUGUCCUUUUCAUUUCUCUUAAGCAAUUUAUUGAAAGUGCAUUAUCUUUGCAAUCCAGACUUACUUUGUAGAUGUUUAUAGAUUAUAAAUCAGUCAGUCUAGGAUGUGUGACCAAUAGUGGAUUUUGCAGGGAUUGUUUCAAAUUGAUAUCGACUUUCAGUAUCAGAAGUGGAAAAAAAACUCAGUAAAGAUGUUAAAACUAUGGUUGUGCACAAUUACAACAUUUUGAACUGAUGCUUUAAAAAUAAAAAUCUCCCGUAAAUUUGAUAGAAAUUGAUUUUUUAGCUCUGGGAUGAAUUUUCAGUAUGACCAAGAAAAAGCACAGAAAGAUGAUGGCACUUUUCUUUAAGAAAAAUAGUUUGUUUCUGGUCUGAAUGUGUGAACUGUUUACAGGCUUCAGAUAAAGAGGAAAAUGUAUUUUGUUUCUGUUAUUCCAAAAUGUUGUUUUUAAUGUUGUGUUUUUCAUUUUAAGCUUUUUGCUGCUACUGUAGUAAGGGCUUUUUAGCCAGGCAGGACGUACGUGGCCUUCUUGCACAGACCAAAAGGAUAAAUAAAAAAUGUGCACCCAGUUUGUGGAUGUGGGUUUGAAAAUAGCAAGUGUCUCUACUGUAGGUCUAUCAUAAAGUUCUAUCAUAAAGGUAGCAUGUAGAUAAGGUUGUGAAUUACAGAUUUCUUUUUUUUUUUUUUUACAUGAAAGUAUGCAAUAGGAAAGCCAAUGAUAUGUUUCACUGGAGGAACGUGAGCACUUUUAGCAUUAUUUUUAUAUUUUUUGUUGUAUAUCUAUCCAUGUGUAAAAUGGUGGAGGCUAUUGAAUGAGGAGCAGCGGAAUAAAACGAGUUAAAACUGUUUAGCAUGUGUUGAGGGGAAGAUGUCGGGGACAAUCCAUUUGUUUCAUUGUAUUGGGUUCCCUUGAGGAAGAAGCCUUUUAAUUGCAUUUUAAAAGACAAAUUGCAAAUAACCUUUUUUUGUUUGUUUUGUAAAUGUUUUCACUGAAACGGAUUUCCCAUCCACAUCCUUCUUUCCCUUCCAAAAUCUAGUGAGCCAAUCUUUUGCUACAGUAUGUAAACACAAUGUCUUAGCUAACUCCAGUGUAUAUAAACCACAUGUAGACAGUAACUUUUUGUGGUUAUAUAAACAAAAUGUUAAAACCAAUACAAAGAUGAUUGUGUCUAGAGGUGCUAAUAAUAGUCAAUUAAUCUAUGUCAUUUAUUGUAUUGGCUAGUGUAUGUUGUCUGUAACACGAGAAAGAGAGAAAAGUAUCCUUUCGGUAUUAAACAAUAUAGAUAUAUAUUAUUCCACA